CUGUGACUUGAAUUUCCCUCUUGUAUGAGUGUGGGGCAUUCCCCCCCCAGCUUUUGCUAGAGACAUUUUGUGAUAUUUAAAAGAGACAAGGGAAAAUCUCCCUAGAGAAAGUAAAAAAAAUAACUUCCCCACUGGCCUCUUUGCAGAACGACCCCUUGGGGGCUCCCAAGAAGGGGAGGGGCUGGCUCUGUGCUCUUCCACUUCCUCCUUGUAAGACAGUGUUCUUUCAGGAAGUGGCACCCAAAGAGUCUUCAGCUUUCUCUGAAGUCCUUAGGCUCUUUCGUUACACCAUGUGACUCCAGCUGCAGACAUUAGAGAUGGGACCUCAAACCUGAAGGCUCAAGAUCUAGAGAGGUUACCAAAUGAGGGAUGUCUUUUGCCUCCUUUCUGUUCCAUGCUGGUUUUGAAAAUUCUUCCAAGGAUUCCCGAAGGAAAUUCUGCUGCACUUAUAGGUAUAUUUUUACCCUGGAAAAGAGAACACAUUCCACUGGCUGAACAGACUUCCUCCGGUAGAGUAAGGAACCGAGUUGGCCCGAAGAUCAUGAACUUGUCCUCUGUGUCCUGCAAUAUCUCAGACUGGCUGAGGCUCGAGGCCACAGUGAAGGCCUCUAUCUACACGGGCACCUUCUUCUUUGCCACGGUCAUCACGGUCCUCAUUGUCUCCACCGUGUUACAGCAUUCGAAGCUGAGGCGAGAGCUCCGCUAUGUCCUGCUGUGCCAGCAUCUGCUGUGCAUCUCCUGCUACUGUGGCCUGGGGGUGGCCUUCCAGGGGAUGCGAGCCCUGAGGGCCCACAGCCCCUUGUUGCUGUGCUGGGUGGUGUUCGGGGUACAGCUGAGCGUGGGGGAGGGCAUCCUCUUCACUCUCGCCUUGAUGGCUGUCAACACCUACCUGGUGAUUUGCUGGCCUUUGACAUCUCUGUCCUUUGUCGACUCAGUGAAAUAUCGGGUCAUGGCAGGGACCUGGCUGGUCAUUGUAGUCAAGAAUGUUAGCUUGUUCCUCAUAGAGUCCUCCAGUUCCACACCAGUCGCCGUUUUCCACUCUGCACCCCUUUGCCCUGUCACCUUCAACGGGACUCCCACCAGAGCCAUUGGCAUGGUGUUCCUUCUCCUUCCCCUGUCUGUCAUUCUCAUCAGCUAUGGGCUCAUCUACCAAGAAGGGAGACGGGCCGGCCACUUCAAUCGCUUAAACAUCAAAGCCAGGAAGACAGUCCUCAUUCAUUUCCUGCAGAUGGCUUUACACAUCAUCCCAACCCUGGUCUUCAUAGGCCUGGGGAAGGUGUGUGGAGUCUUUUAUUUUGCCUUAAAUAUGGUGCUGUUUGGAGUCUUUGCAUUUGCCCAGUGUUUCAACCCUUUGAUCUUUGGGCUAUGGAGCCGAGAGCUGAGGAGCAGGCUGUGCUGUAGGCCAGACUGUUAGCUGUGGUGUGGCCACACGGCUGAUGGUAGACAGCCAGUUUAAACCCAGUUCUACCACUGGAGUCAAUUGCUAGGGUUGCCCGUGACUCAACCUGAAAUUAGUGCCUUGCUUUGAAAUUUGGAAUCUUGUAGAGUAAAUCAAGACCAUUCAGCUGGAUUGCUAACUUCUGUGUGAACACUGAGCUGGCCUCAUUGAAGUCAGUUUAUGACUUUAAUUCUAAACUUAGAUCAGCAUUUUCUGGUAGCCUGUAGAUUUUGGGAAUGCAUUUGUUUUUAAAAACUGAAAAUUGUCUAUGGUUCAUAAAGAGAAGUUUGACUGUUCCCUUUGUAUUAAUGUAUUAAUGUAUUAGCAUUUGGUUUGAAUAUAAUAACAAACAACAAGAAUAUAACAGUUA